CGAGUCAGGCUGUCCCCACCUGCCCACGAAGCACAAGUUGCCGGCUGCAGCCCAUGUAAUCGACAUUUCAGCCCAGUUCGGCUCCACCGCUGACGAAGCGCCGACGGCCGGCCAGCCACAAGGAGUCCAGCAGGAGUGCAGGACUGGAGGGGAGGAGGGCGCGCUGCGCGGGCAAUCGACGCUUUGGGCGGAAAAAUUUGGGCGCAGCAGGGAGACGCGGAGAAAUCCCGAAACCACUCCAGAGUCCAAACCCCAGGCUUCCGAGCUUCCCGGGCGCCACCUCGCCGCCGCCGAUGCCGAUGGAGAGGAAGCAAGCCGCCUACAGCAACCUCGAUGAGAGGUACGCGAUCCAGGGGGAGAAGUACCAGGGGCAGCAGUACAGCCACAUCUACUUCACGCGCCUCCACCACAUGCGCAACCUCCUCCACGCCCUCGUCCCCACCUGGAAGCCGCAACUCCCUGUCACUACGGUGCUUGGACUCGAAGAAGGAAAGGAAUGCAUAAUUGUUGGGACUUUAUAUAAGCACAUGAAACUGAAGCCUUCCAUUCUCGAUGAAUACUCAAAAGAGAGGUCCGCAAUUCCUCUUGUCAAACCACAUAAUUUCAUGCAUCCUGAUGAUCAUCUCAUUUUGGAAGAUGAAAGUGGAAGAGUUACACUUGCAGGAGAGAUACCUCCAGCAGCAUUUGUGACUGGGGUUGUAGUAGCUCUCCAUGGGAAGGAAACAAGUGCUGGCAACUUUCUUGUUGAAGAUGUUCUUGAGGCUGGUCUUCCUCCCCAAACAGCAUUGUCUAGCGCAGAUGAAGACAAGUAUGUGGUAUUCGUGUCAGGGUUAAGUGUAGGGAGUGGCACAUUCAAUCCUCUGCAAUUCCAACUUCUUAUUGACCAUAUCACAGGGCAUCUGGGUGAUGAGAAUGAGCAAACAAUAGCAUCAAAUAUAGUGCGUGUUGUGGUUGCUGGAAAUUCAGUGCAUAUAUCACCAAGGUUCGUCAAUGGUCAGACGGUAGCAUCAAAAGAUCAAUCCAGGAUAGCAGAACCUAUCAGGGAAUUGGAUAUAAUGCUUACACAGCUUGUGUCAUCAUUGCCUGUAGAUAUCAUGCCAGGGUGCCAUGAUCCAGCAAAUUUUUCUUUGCCUCAGCAGCCUUUGCAUAGAUGCCUUUUCUCUGGGGCGUCCGCCUACAAUACUUUUUCAUCAUGUUCAAAUCCCCACCAAUUCGAACUUGACAGUGUCCAGUUUCUUGGAACAUCUGGCCAGAACAUAGAUGAUCUUUACAAGUACUCUGAUGCCAAAGAUAAGUUGGAAUUCAUGGAAAGAACACUAAGAUGGCGCCAUCUUGCUCCUACUGCUCCAAACAGCCUAGGAUGUUAUCCAUACACAGACAAGGAUCCUUUCCUUGUUGAAAGUUGUCCACACGUCUACUUUGUUGGGAAUCAAGAUAAAUAUGAAACUCGAUUGUUGGAAGGCCCAGAAAAACAGAAAGUGAGGCUAAUCUGCAUCCCAAGGUUCUCUGAGAGUGGGGUUGCUGUGAUGCUCAAUUUGAGGAACCUGGAAUGCAGCACAUUGAGUUUCUCAACUAGUUUUGAUGCCUGAAGAUGCUCUGAUUUUGGGGAUUCCAAAACACUUCAAUAUAGCACGUGGAUUGGCACAGGAGCUGAAGCUUUCAUGAGGGAAUUCCUGGACUCAAAAGGAUGUAGUUGUUCCAGAACAGUUCUUUAUUAGAUGUAUGAUGGCCUUAGGUUUUGCUGAUUAGAUCUGCUGAUAUAACUGCCGAAUGCAGAUUGUUGUAGCCAAAGCUGAAACUGAUUCUGGACAGUGUAGCUGUCCACUUGUACCAAUCAAACAGGAGCUGAUGCUUCGUUUCCGGUCACAAUCCGCUGAUUCAUUUGUCAGAUUUAUUAUCA